GUGACAAUCCAACAUCAGCAGAGAUCGGGAGAAAAUGACUGGAAUUCCUGCCUUUUUUCCCCUCUACGCUUUACUCUUCUCCUCCGUGACACUUCUGUCUAACAUCGAGGGCAAGGAGAGGGUUGCGCUGGACAAUGACCCACCUCGGAGCAGAGCUGAGAGAGCCGUGAAUACUCCUGCUAAGAUUGCCUGUGAACUCUCACCCUGGGGUCAAUGGUCAUCCUGUCAGCCAUGCCAAGGCCUUAGGUAUCGGUCCAGGCAUAUUGUCCGGUUUGGGCAGUUUGGGGGCAGGACUUGUACAGACAUAUUAUCUACAGAGGAGUCCUGCCCACUCUCCGGAAACUGUGAAGAGCCACCAGUCAACUGUGGGAACAACUUCCAAUGUGAAAACGGCGGUGUAGCCUGUCCCCUGUGGGAGCUCCCGUCCCUGUUUCAGGUGGUUUCGCCUGUCCCCUGUGGGAGCUCCCGGCCCUAUUACAGGCGGUGUAGCCUGCCCCCUGUGGGAGCUCCCGGUCCUGUUACAAGCGGUGUAGCCUGUCCCCUAUGGGAGCUCCCGGCCCUAUUACAGGCGGUGUAG